AUGUCGAGGCAGAAACAUACUGAUAAGAGCUGGAUCCCCCCUCGUAAGGAGGUCACUGGCUCAAUUGAGCUGUGCAGAGCUGCUGGAAUCCGUGUCAUUAUGAUCACUGGUGACAACAAGGGAACUGCUAUCGCUAUCUGCCGUCGCAUUGGCAUCUUCGGCGAGGACGAGGAUGUCUCCGGCAGGGCCUACACCGGACGUGAGUUUGAUGAUCUGCCUCUCCACGAGCAGUCCGAGGCUGUGCGCAGGGCUUGCUGCUUUGCCCGUGUGGAGCCGUCCCACAAGUCCAAGAUCGUUGAGUUCCUCCAGGGUUUUGAUGACAUCACUGCCAUGACUGGUGAUGGUGUGAACGAUGCCCCUGCCCUGAAGAAGGCCGAGAUCGGCAUCGCCAUGGGCUCUGGCACUGCCGUUGCCAAGUCUGCCUCUGAGAUGGUCCUGGCUGACGACAACUUCUCUUCCAUUGUGGCUGCUGUUGAGGAGGGCAGAGCUAUCUACAACAACAUGAAGCAGUUCAUCCGCUACCUCAUCUCCUCCAACGUCGGUGAGGUCGUCUGUAUCUUCCUUACCGCUGCUCUGGGUCUGCCCGAAGCUCUGAUCCCCGUCCAGCUGCUCUGGGUCCACUUGGUGACUGAUGGUCUGCCCGCCACUGCUCUGGGCUUCAACCCACCUGAUCUGGACAUCAUGGGCAAACCCCCACACUCCCCCAAGGAGCCUCUGAUCUGGCUGUUCUUCAGAUACAUGGCCAUUGGUGGAUAUGUCGGUGCUGCCACUGUUGGUGGCGCUGCCUGGUGGUUCAUCUACGACCCCACUGGCCCCGGGGUCACCUACUAUCAGCUGUCACACUUCAUGCAGUGCCACGAUGAGAACGAGGACUUUGAAGGCCUGGAAUGUGAAAUCUUUGAGGCUGCUCCUCCCAUGACCAUGGCCCUGUCUGUACUGGUCACCAUUGAGAUGUGCAAUGCUCUUAACAGCUUGUCUGAGAAUCAGUCUCUGGUGCGCAUGCCCCCAUGGAGCAACUUCUGGCUGCUCUCUGCCAUGACCCUGUCCAUGUCCCUGCACUUCAUGAUCAUCUAUGUUGAUCCUCUCCCUAUGAUCUUCAAGUUGACCCAUCUGUCAGUGGAGCAGUGGCUGGUGGUCCUGAAACUUUCCUUCCCCGUCAUUGCCAUUGAUGAGGUGCUGAAGUUCUUCGCCCGCAACUAUGUUGAAGCUUAAAUUCAGCCAACCCAUCACCAUUAACCUGUAACUAAACCAAGCAGGUACAGAAGUUAAAUAGAGAUGUAGAAGAAGAGGAUCUUCAGGGCUGAAGAGAAAGAAGCGGAGGAGAGAGAAAGAUCACAGCCAAAGAGGGGAGCCAUAAAGAAGAAAAAGACUGAAAAAAGAAAACCUUAUGGAAAAAAAACAAACAAUAAAAUUUGUUUAAAAUCUGCAAUAAAAAUAGUCUCUGUAUAAGGAAGGAGAUUGAAUUAAAAUGAGGGGAAGUAUCCUGAUUAACCAGAUAAAGCAGUAAUAUUUAUGAUUUUAUUCUAAGAAGUAAAGUAUGUAUUAAAGGUGAUUAUUUUUUUUGUUAACCUUGGAUAUUCUCAGCUGUUGUGUUUUUGCGUCCUCUGUCCAUUUUCAUAUGACUGACUUUCCAGCUCAUUACUUUGAUUCUAGUCUUCGUUGCUCGUGUCUUGUGCAGCCUCCCUGCUUUAGCUGGGCUCUGUACAGUGUGGUGUAGGGUUGUUUAAAAUGACUUCAUAUGGGCAGAAAAACCACUUGCUUUCAGCCGCCAGCGCUCUCUAUGACCAUGCGGUCAGUGGACUCAGUUGGAGGUCUCGUGACAUAAAAUGGGCAUGUCUACUCAGUCACAACACUUUUGGUCUUAUAUAUUGUUUACUUGAUAAGCUGCAAUAAAGUGAUGAUUAAAAACUUGUGAA